AUGACACAGUCCAAGAUGGCGGUGCAGGUGGAGCUGUUUUGUUUACAGAGUUUCCCGUCUCACCUGAGUCCUCUGGACGGUCUCAUGCUCAGGUCUCACCUGGACUCAGUGUUGCAGAAUGACACGGACCCACCGACCCUCCUCUUCACCCCGCAGCGGCCCCAGGGCUCCGGCGGGCCGGGCAUUCUGCUGCGCGUCCACCCGGCCACCGAGGAGGAGGCGGCGGGCUGCGGGGGGUCGGAGUCCGGGAGCCGGAUCCGGCUGCUCACCAGCCGCCUCUUCCUGCGCCUCCACGGGCUGCAGCGGCUCGGCAGCACCGGGACUGUGCGGCCUCUGGAGCCGCUCCCCCUGCACAGAGUGGUGCUGGCUGCCCGCAGCAGGCAGAGCCUCCGCGGGGCCGGAGCUCCGCAUCUCACUGCCGCACUGCUGGAGCUUUGCAGCCCUGGACAGUGGCUGCUGGCCCGGCAGGGAGACCCGCUGCUGCUGCCCCGACACCCGGGACAGGACGAGGGACAGUACCAGGGACAGGAUCAAGGACAGGUGCAGCAGCAGCUGUUGGAACUGCUGGUGUUGGACUGCAGUCCCGUGGUUCAGGGCCGGAUCACGGCUGACACCUCCGUGGUUCUGACGGACUGCUGGGACUGGGCGGACCCCCCUGGCGGCGCGGCGCCCAACAGGCCGCCGCUCAGACUGUGCGUGUCAGACUUCGCUCAUUACGCGGACAGCCUCGGAGGGGGGCGGUCUCUCCUGGACAACAGGAAGCUGCUGGGCUCAGGGUUCGGCGGCGUCCUGCAGGCGCUGGAGUGCCGGGUGGACGUCCGCGUGGUGGACGCGCAUCGCUGGCUCGGGGUCGGAGGUCGCCGGGACGUGGACGGCUGCGUGCUGGUGAGCAGGCGGCUGCUGCUCAGGCUCGGCCUGUUCAACCACGAGUGGGUGAAGCUGUGGAGGCCGGGCGGAGCCAGCAGACCUCCAGACCAGCGGCUGGUCUCCGUGCUGGCGGUGGAUUCGCUGCAGAGUCCAGACCUGCAGAACCACGACGAGGUCGGUCUCAUAUCGGCGACUCUGUGGUUCAACAUGACGGAUGGAGACACGGUUCCUGAGAGCGGCUGCACGCUGAGGAUGAAGAGGUGGAGGUCGUCUCCAGUGCCUGGCUCCCGGCGCUCUGACAGCUUCUGCCGCUCGGCGUCUCCGCCGCUGGCCAGCGAGCUCCACCUGCAGCCGGUGGCGUCUCCGCUGUACGGCGGCCCCGGACACUGCCAGCGUCUGCUGGCCCGACACUUCAGGACGCCCAGACUGGUUUCACAGGGAGACAUCCUGACGGUUCCAGUGUUGAAGCAUCCUGACCUGCUGGAAGAAACUUCAGAGGGAAUCAACAGGUGUCCAGUGCUGUUCUUCAGAGUGCAGAAAGUGUGUCCGUCUGCAGACAGAGAAGAAGAAGAAGAAGAAGGAGGAGGAGCUUACUUGGCCGACAGACUGCACACCUCACUCUACAUGAGACCGUCUACCAGCAGCCGUGUCCCCUGCUGCUUCUCUGUGGACGAUUCAUCUCCGUGGAGCGGUCUGUCCCCUCCGGGCCUCACCAGGACUGUGGAGAUCCUCAGCGGCAUCGUCCUCCCUCACCUGCAGCACAGCAGCUCUCUGUGCAGCUGCACCGUCCUCCUCCACGGUCCAGCAGGAAGUGGGAAGGUGACGGUCGUCAGCGCGGCGAGUCGCAGACUGAACCUCCACCUGCUGAAGGUGGACUGUGUAAGCGUGUGCGCUGACACUCCUGCAGCCUCGGAGGUGAAGCUGAGCUCUGCAUUUCAGCGGGCCGCUGCCUUGCAGCCGUGCGUCUUGCUGCUCAGGAACCUGCAGCUCCUGUUUAGAGCGCGAGGCGGCGCCGAGGAGGACGGCAGGGUCCAGGCCGCACUUUGCCAGCUGCUUCACAGCGCCCCCUCCAGUGUGGUGGUGGUGGCCACUGUGUGCAGACCCAGAGAGCUGUCUGCGGGCGUCAUGGCGGCGUUUGUCCACCAGGUGACGUUGGAGAGUCCCACCGAGGAGCAGCGGCGCUGCAUUCUGGUCAGCCUGAGCCGAGACCUUCACCUGGGGAGGGACGUCAACCUGGAGAGACUCGCCAAACUCACCGCGGGCUUUGUGUUGGGGGACCUCAGGGCUCUGCUGGUGGAGGCUGGUCGAGCUGCCUGCAGGAGGCUCAUUCACACUUGUGUUGGUCGGCAGGAGGAGGAUCUGUGCUCCAGUGGAGUGACCAUCCUGAACCAGGACUUCACCUCCGCCCUGGAGACUCUGCAGGACGCCCAGUCCACGGCAAUCGGAGCCCCCAAGAUCCCUGACGUGCGUUGGGAGGAUGUUGGAGGUCUGCAGCAGGUGAAGAAAGACAUCCUGGACACAGUUCAGCUUCCUCUGCAGCGUCCAGAACUCCUGUCCCUGGGUCUGAACCGGACCGGAGUCCUGCUGUACGGACCACCAGGGACUGGGAAGACUCUGCUGGCAAAAGCUGUGGCCACUGAGUGCUCCAUGACCUUCCUCAGUGUGAAAGGUCCAGAGCUCAUCAACAUGUACGUGGGUCAGAGCGAAGAGAACAUCAGAGAAGUGUUCUGCAGAGCGCGCUCAGCAGCUCCAUGUGUCGUCUUCUUUGAUGAGCUGGACUCUCUGGCUCCCAGCAGGGGGCGCAGUGGGGACUCUGGAGGGGUGAUGGACAGAGUUGUGUCUCAGCUGCUGGCAGAGCUCGAUGCUCUGCACUCGUCUGUUGGGGUUUUUGUGAUCGGAGCCACGAACCGUCCGGACCUGCUGGACCAAUCUCUGCUGAGGCCAGGCAGGUUUGAUAAACUGGUCUACGUUGGAAUCAACGAGGACAGAGUCUCUCAGCUGCAGGUUCUCCAGGCCGUCCUCAGAAAGUUCCAGGUGGACUCGUCUGUGGACCUGCAGCAGGUGGUGGAGCGCUGCCCCAAUCACAUGACCGGCGCCGACCUGUACGCUCUCUGUUCAGACGCCAUGACGGCCGCCAUCAAGAGGAAGAUCUCGGUCAUCGACGAUGGUCUGGACUCGGAGGACUCUCCUGUCCUCGUCUCCGCUGAGGAUUUCUCUUCAGCGUUAGAAAACUUCCGGCCGUCAGUCUCAGACGAGGAGCUGCUUCGAUACAGGAACAUUCAACAGAAACUCGCUGCAAAGUAGAAACUGUUUCCUCUCCGACAGAACGUGAGGACUCGGGUUUAAAUUAAAACACGAAUCACUUCUGAGAAAUUUAAAAACACUGUAAAAUACUGUAGAUUAUGUAAUUUAUGAAAUUGUAAAAUGUAAUUAUUAAAUACAGAAGUCAUCUUAA